CGGGACUGUCAUAAAUAUUUUUUAAAUAAUUCAGUUAGGUAACUUAAAUUUCAUUUUAGUAAUUGACUAGAACAAAUUCUAUCGUUCGUACGUUUAUUUGUUCGAAACUAUGCUUCCGCGAUUAAAUGGCCGAAAUAUAAAUAUUUUGUAUUUGUUUAUAAUGCUGCAAUAGUACAAUGUAAAGCACUGCAUGUGUACGUGAAAUUUUGAAUGUAUGCCAUAUGGAGCUUAUAUUUUGCAAUAUCUAAUGAAUCUUGCUACCUUUGUCAGAGCUAUUAUGAUAAAUUUCUAUAGAUCAGCACUCAGUUGAAUUGGGGAAACACCGGAAUAUAAUAACAAGAUAAUGAGAUAAUAAAAACGUAACGUAAGAACAACUGUUGACUGGAAUAAAGUAGGAAAAUUGUAUUUUAAUAAUAAUAAAAAUAUACCUAAUGAUAUCACGAGUCCCAUUGUAAGAUUAAAGCAUCGAUUUUUUGAUAUGUAUUUUUUAUUUAGCCUGUUUUUUGAAUCACACAAAUAAUUGUUUACAUAUAUGAUAUUCUGCUACAUUAACAACACUCUUAAUCCAACUUCUAAAUCAGCCAAUUAUUGUUUUUGCAAUUGGGGGGGCAGUAUAAGCAUCAUCAUUAGCAGCAGCAGGAGACACUCACUACAAUUCUAGUAGCAGUCCAGUACAAUCAGCCGUACGUACAGUCAACAGACCGAUCACUUUCGGGGAUUAUCGCGCAGGGUCAGUUACUUACCAAUUCUUUAACGAAUUUAAAAGAACUUAUAAUAAACACAAUGAUUGUACCAAUUACCGAUGUUCAGCUGAAAGAGAUUCAAAACUUUUGCCCAAGAUCAAAGGACGAGAUUGAUCAAGAUGUAGACAUUGUAAGACACUGGUUGAAUAAACAACCACAUCUACCCAAAACAAGUGAUGAAUUCAUAAAAAAAGUUUUAUUUAGCUUAAAAUACCGUACGGAGAAAGUCAAACUUGUGAUCGAGAAUUAUUAUACUGUUAAAGAAUUAUUUCCUCAAAUUUAUGGAGACUUAGAUCCAACAUCAGAAACCUUUCGAAAACACGUAGAAGCUGUUCACAUGUUUCCAUUGCCUAAACUUACGCCAGACUUCCACAGAGUGCUCUGUUACCGGAUGGCAACGACAGAUGCGAAAGCGUUUUGUCCUGAUAAUCAAUUGAAACGCAAUGAAAUGAUGUGGAAUUGGUUGUUCGAUGAAGAUGAAUUGACAUUAGGAGAUAUUUGGGUAUUCGAUCUGACCAAUAUGAACUCUAUGGCUCAAUGGGCGCACUUUAAUCUCAGUUUUAUGAAAAAAAUUCUUAAAAUAAAUAUGGAAGCAAAACCAGUGAGGAUCAAGCGAGUUCAUUUUGUAAAUAUAGCGCCAAUAGCCGAAACUUCGCUUAAUUUUAUAAAACACUUUUUUCCUCAAAAAUAUAAGAAUAGAAUCUUAUUCAACGCGACUUUCGAAAGUCUUCAAGGUCUAUACCCAAUUGAUAUGUUUCCAAAUGAAUGGGGUGGUAAAGCUGGAAAUAUGGCUGAACUAAGUCGAAGAAUGCAUGAAGAAUUAAUAAAACGUAGAAAUUGGUGCAUUGCAAUGGAAGGUUUGAAAUCUGAUUCUAGUAAGCGGAUUGGUCAAUCUAAGAUGGCUGAUAAGUCAAUACUGGGAGUCGAAGGAAACUUCAAGAAAAUUUGUUUUGAUUAAACACUGCGAGAUGAAAACUAAUGAAUAAUAUUACCUGUAUGAUACAGUGUACAUUAUGUUAAAAUUAAAAUUUUAUUAUUGUAAUUA